UUGUUCGAUGUCUUUUGUGGAAUAAGGAAGAUGAGAAAAGAAAAUAUUAUUUUCUGAUGCUUGAUUUAUUGGUAAAGGUUCAAUUGUGAAUAUUUUUAUAGUUAUGUAAUCCAAAGGAAUUAUUGUUGGGUUUGCUUGAACUGAUUGAAGAGCCCUCUGGAAAACAGAUAUCCCAAAUUAUUCUUCUUUUACUUCAGCCAUUACAAACAGGUAAUGAGUAUUUUGAUAUCUAAAUGUUUCUUAUUUUAUCUGUGUUAAGUUCUUGAUAUUAGUCCAAAAUGUCAGCACUAUACCAAAGUAAAUUUAUGACUAAUUAUUGAGUACUCUGCUUAUACUAGCAAUAGCAGUACCAGUUUGAAUCCUGCUACCUGUAGAAAGAUGACAAUACCUGGCACAGAUGGGUACCCAGUAUAUAUUUUGUUAAAUGUCCUGCUGUUUUUCAGGUACUGUGUUGUAAUCUAUAGCUUUCUGCUUAACCUUCGUAUCUGCAACUUAUAUCUAAAACUUUCUCUGUAAACAUAUUUAAAGGAUUGCCUCUGUGAUGUCUGCUUUACUCAGUCUGUUAGCAUUGUGGUGGGUCCUGUAUCUUGGUUAAGAACAGUAUUGUGCAAACAUUGCUUAUCCUUAGCAUUGGGAAGUUGGGGCUGGGGAUAGCAAAAGAACUACGAAUGAAACAAGUGUGAAAGAAAAGUCUCCCAUGGCUGAGUGCAGUAACAUUACUGUUAAGCAACGGAGCUUGGCAACCAAAACAGACAGUAUUUAUCCAUGGGAAGAGAUUAUGUUUUCAUUUUAUGACUUAAUGUAACUCAGAGUCUGAUAAAAGGACCUGGAAUCUAGAAGUUAGAGUAAAUUCAUUUUAAAUGAGAAUGAAGCAGCUUUGAACCACUUGACAUACUCAAAGUCUCCUAGAAAGGUAAUUCUAGUAAUACUACUUCUCAUUUUUUCAGUGUUUAAUAUUUUGCAAAGAGCCUUCUCUUAUUUAAUAGUUAAUAACAACCAAAAAUAUGGAAGUGUUUUGUCUUAACUAUGUAAACAGUUAGAAACAAACAAGAUUUCAUGGCAUCUGUUAUAAGGUGCAUGAUUGAUUUUAAGAUGCUCAGGUAUUUCAUGCACCACUAAGAAGGAAAGAUAAAAACACUAUCAGUUAAGUUAUGAUCUGUCAUUCUGAUUUCAAAGUCCUUACGAUGUUUUUUUUAAACAUGUUAUAAUUCUACUUUUACUGGACUUAUUGUCCCAUGUGUAGCAUACUUGAUGAAGUUACCUCAGGUCACAACUUGGUCUCUGUUUUAGUGAUUCAGAAACUUCAUAACAACAAGGCAUAUUCAGUGGGAUUAGCAUUGUCCACCCUUUGGAGUCAGCUAUCUCUCCUUCCUGUUCCAUACUCAGAGGAACAAAUCCAAACAGAUGACUAUGGCCUUUGUCAGUGUUGCAAGGCCUUAAUAGAAUUCACUAAGCCUUUUGUGGAAGAAGUCAUUAAUGACAAAGAAAACUCACUGGAAAAUGAAAAUGAAAAGUUAAAGGAUGAAUUACUGAAGUUUUGUUUCAAAAGCUUGAAAUGCCCUUUGCUGACAGCACAAUUCUUUGAGCAGUCUAAAGAAGCAGGAAAUGAUCCUUUAAGAUGUUUUGCAUCUGAAAUAAUAGGCUUUCUAUCAGCAAUUGGGCAUCCUUUCCCCAAAAUAAUUUUUAAUCAUGGAAGGAAAAAGAGGACUUGGGACUAUCUUGAAUUUGAGGAAGAAGAAGACAAACAGUUAGCAGACUCUAUGGCUUCUCUGGCCUAUCUAGUAUUUGUACAGGGCAUCAGUAUUGAUCAGCUACCAAUGGUCUUAAGCCCAUCGUACCUUUUGCAAUUUAACAUGGCACAUAUUGAAGUCUUUUUGCAAAGAACAGAAGAGUCUGUUUUCUCCAAAGGAGUGGAUCUAUUGGAGAAUGGUUUAUUGAGAAUAGAAGACAACAGUCUACUUCACCAGUACUUAGAAAUCAAGAGCUUUCUUACUGUACCUCAGGGCUUAGUCAAAGUAAUGACACUUUGCCCCAUUGAGACAUUGAGGAAAAAAAGUUUAGCUAUGCUUCAGCUGUAUAUUAACAAGUUGGAUUCACAAGGCAAAUACACAUUAUUUAGGUGCUUAUUGAAUACAAGUAAUCAUUCAGGUGUGGAGGCUUUCAUUAUUCAGAAUAUCAAAAAUCAAAUUGAUGUGUCAUUAAAGAGAACACAUAACAAAUGGUUUACAGGCCCACAGCUGAUUUCACUUCUAGAUUUGGUACUCUUUCUCCCAGAGGGUGCUGAAACUGAUUUACUUCAAAACUCAGAUAGGAUAAUGGCUUCAUUAAAUUUAUUGAGAUAUUUGGUUAUCAAAGAUAAUGAAAAAGACAAUCAAACCGGAUUAUGGACAGAACUUGCAAAGAUUGAGAAUAAUUUCUUAAAGCCACUCCAUACAGGACUUAAUAUGUCAAAAGCACAUUAUGAAGCAGAAAUUAAGAAUAGCCAAGAAAAUAGCCAAGAAGUCCAGAAGUCUAAAGAUCUUUGUUCUGUAACUGUAGGUGGAGAAGAGAUCCCUAAUAUGCCUCCUGAAAUGCAGCUUAAGGUCCUACAUUCAGCUCUUUUCACAUUUGAUUUGAUUGAAAGUGUUCUGGCUCGAGUAGAAGAACUCAUUGAAAUAAAAACAAAGUCUACCACUGAAGAAAAUAUUGGGAUAAAGUGAAACUUCCAUUUCCUAAAUAAAAACUAGUAAAAUACUGUA